AUUUGAAUCACUCCGUAUAAUUAUAAAUUAAUGGAAAAAACCCACACUGAACCAAAUAAAAACCACUUGACUGUCCCAUCCCGCUAACUGCUGUUGUGAAAAAAGCUAGAUGUGACGCAGAAGACGCUCGUUUGGUAACACUGCUUGCCGGCUAAAAUGUUUUGUUGACGACCAAAAAUAAUAAUGACAAGCAACGAGGAAAAUGAAUUGUACAUGGUUAAGCAGGCGCAGAGCCUGCGAAAGAGCGAUCCGGAUGCGGCGCAGGCCUGGAUCAUGACGGCCAAGAUGUUGUACCCCAGUGCAUUCAAUGUGCAAUACGAGUCGUACCUUUUUGAGCGCGAUGGCAAGAACUACGAGGAGGCGGCCAAGUGCUUUAGUGUCAUAGCCACCAAAUUUCCAAAUCGGCAUACAGAGCUGUGGCAGGAGAUAAACGCCCUGACCACUGCGCUGAGGAACGAGAAUGAGAGCACGCCGGAGCAGGAGUUCUUUGUGAAGAUGUACAAACAUUUAACGCCCGAUGUGCAGCACAACAUUUUCAUGCACACCAUCAACCACUGCGGCGAUGACUUGGAGCAGUGCAUCUGCAUUUACAUACUGAUGUUCAAGAAAUUCCCCAAGUCGGUGACAACGCAUGCCCCGCGUCUGCUCGAGCUGCUGGCGGAGGGCAUGACAACGGACCCGGAUGUGUAUCAGCGCAUACUGGUGGAGGAUGUGCUGCCGAUGAUACAGCACAAGCCGCCAGAGCUGGCGCCAGUGCUGGCCUGCAGGCUCUAUACCAACUCUCUGGAGUAUUAUCUGCGGCAGAUAAUGGAUUCGGAAACGGAACCUGCGGACCCCUGGAAGACCAUAUUCAAAGUCCUGAUGCUCUGCGGCCAGAUGAUGGGCUGGGAACCAUUUCUGCCCUUCAGCAAGCAGUGCAGCCAGAACGUGUACUGGGAGAAACUGGUGGACAUUCUGUCCGCCAGUCCACCGGGCAGUUCGAAGGUCCUCUUCUAUGCCACCACCCUGUUCAUCUACUCGCUGUAUGGCUACAUACGCAACUGCAGGCUGCGCAUUGAUGAUUCGGACGUCAGUCAUGUGCUGGUCGAAGGCUUCAUUGAUGGCUCUGAGGAUCAGAGCAUGGAGCCGCCCAAAUUCUCGCUGACAACGCCCAUCAGUCCGGAUCUGUCGAAUGCCUUUCUGCACGCGGCCCAGUGCUGGCAGCUGCUGAACACCGAUCAGUUUCAGCGGGAUUUUAGCCAGUUGAUGGUGGCCCUGCCGCUGGCUCCAUGGAUAUCGCGAUUUCUCUUCGAUCUGGCCAUUUACUUUGGCCAUCGGGACGAGGCCAACAAGCUGAUGGGGGAAAUGACUACCCAGAGCAGUUUGGUGCAGAGCCUGCAGAUCCUCAGUCUCAAUCUGAUGCAGGGCAGCAUGACUCUGCAGGGCUUUCAGUGCAUACUGAAGGUCAUUGGCGAACUGCCCGCCACAAAUGGCCAUCUGUUGGAGAACAUGACGCUCAAGGGUCAUCGUCACAUGGUCUUUCUGCCACUGACUCGCGCCGCCCUCGUUCAGUAUUGCACGGGAGCCAUCGUUAGUCGCAUCAGUCGACAGGUUUUUGAGCCCAAUUGUUCGGAUCGUCUGCUUGGUGAUCUCCUGGUGCUGCAGCAGUUGAAUCUCCUCAACGACACGCGCCUCACCCAGCAGAUCUUCAGUGUGAUCAAGCAGCGUAAGUCAUUCAAUCUGCGUACUCUUUCCACCUACAUCAUAUCCAUCGAUUUGAUCGAGGAGCUCUCGCACAUAUGGAACUCGCAGCUGGACGACUCUAAUUUCGAGCUAACCGGUUCACCCACAGGUGUAUCAAGCGGUGGCACGGCCAGCGUUCCGCCUCGUCGCAUUGGUACUCGGGGUGCGGACAAGGGUGCCAGGGAUGAGUUUAAGACCAUCACAAGGCAACAGAUUGCACGCUGCAAUGAGAAUAUUAUCACAUUGCUGGCAAAUUUUAUCACCCAGGAGCAGCUAAUGCUGGCCCAACACAUCUUUGGCAUCCCGCCCGUGGAGACCAUCGAGAUCAAGUGAUUAGGACUAAUAAGGGAAUAUAUUUUAAGUUUACUCUUUAUUUUUUUUUAAUACUUAUAGCCUCUUUAUUUUCUAUUCAACAAGUGUGGUGCACAAAUAGUUAUACAACGUCGUCGUAGACUUAAGAAUUUAGUGGAUUCGUUUAUCAAUAUCACAAAAAGUACCAAGGUGA